AUGUACCUCAGCAUCACUGCCGUAGGCCCUCAAGGCGCAUUCCACAUCUCGAGUGAGCCAUUCAGGGAUGAACAUCGCUCCGGGGACUGGGACCUAUUCUAUGGUUCUUUCCUCAACAACAUCUUGUGCAAUAGCAUACACCUCUCUGCUGUACGAGAAGUCUGGAUUUCGGGGAAGCAUCCCGAAGCAGGGCGUCAGGACCACAUCACGGCCAAGUUCAAGUCGACAAUCGCCGCAUUACCUGCCCUCGAGACCAUCGUCUUCGUCAUGACGACGAUAUCAUGCUCUCCUCCCCAGGGUCCGAAUCUCACUCUCUGCCCGAGUGCGCUUGAUGCGGGCUUCGCGCCACGCAAGCUCAAGACGCUACGCGUGGUGUACGGGAAUGCCGCGUACAGGGGCCGCAUCGUAGAGGCGCUAAGCUUGAAACGGCUGCUGCAACAUAUGGACACCGGGUUUUACGGGUACUUCGAGACGCUCAUCUUGCAAAUGGAGCCAUGGUUGGUAGUGAGCAGGGUGGACCUGCAAAGGCUCAAAGGGCACUUUGCGACGGUGAAAUACCGGCAUGUCGAGCGUGUGCCGACGAUGCCUGUCCCAGACUUUUGCGUGGAGCCAUACGCAGGUCCCGGAGGGAGUAGCUCAUGGCUGGGCUCACUUUGGUGACGAUCUACGCGAGUACUUAUGUUCAGGUCAGCCCUGCGCUCAUCCUGCCCAGAGCCUUCUCUAGCUCGAGUCGCAUAGCAGCGGAUCAGCUUCUAUUUUCACCUCAAU